AUGACCAUGGCCACAACCAUCCCAGACCUCGACUCUUACACCGACUACGACUCUUUCCUCGUCGACCAGUUCGACCCAAAUACCCAUGCCAACUCCAUCAUCCACCAGUCUUCAAAGGGUGUCGACAUCUCGACCUCUCUCGCCAGUCUCUCCUUCAGUAUCGACAGUCUCAACAAGCAACUUCACGAGCAGGUGACGAACAACUACAAUGACUUGCUGAGUCAAGCAGCAGGGAUCCGGGAACUGGAAACGGUUCUAAAAACUGUCAAGAUUGGACUCAAGGCUCUCAGCACAUCCAUGGAGCGACUCUCGUUCAAGAUCAAAACGCCCUUUGAGCAGAUUCAGACCUACACUGUUCAAUUGGAGCGUUUGCAGGUCACAUCAGAGAUGUUGCGUCGGGUACUGAGGUUUCUUUACUUGGGCAAACGAUUGGAGAUGCAAAUGCCUGGUGGCGAUCUGGAAUUGACUAAAGCUGCCCUCACUCUUAGUGAAGUUGAUGCGCUGCUUCAGGAGUCAGAUCUAGAAGGCAUUCACGUUGUGGAUGAGGAGGUGCGGAACUUGGAGUCGGUUAGGAGCAGGAUUGUGGAUUCUGCCGACAGGAUGCUUCAGGAGGGCAUGAACGCUCAGAACCAGGCGCAGGUCGGAUCAGCUCUGCAGGUCUUUUACUCUUUAAAGCGACUGGAUCUCAAAGUCGUGGCGAUCACCUCACUUCUCUCCAACAGACUGCAUGCACAGAUCAAGCAGGCUGUCGAUAUCCAGUCCUUGCAACGGGAGGCUAAAGAAUCGGGAAUGAAUAGCUCAGGAUUUGUGGGCGGCGGUGUUCGAAGAAACAAUGGUGAGCCAAGCGUUGGAGCGGCAGCAUUAUGGACUUCGAUUCUUUGGAAGAGGAUGGAGAAACUCAUGGAUGAUAUGUACAACGGAUGCGUCAAGAUCUACUUGCUGGAACGGGUGCUUGCACGAAAGAGAGAUCCUUUGUCACAGAUCUCGUUCUUGGAUGUGAUUUCGAGCAGCAUGGACGGAAACAUGGUCCACAGGUUCUGGCAGUCGCUGUCUGUCCAGUUUGAACAAGAACUCAAGGCCUCUGUAAGAUCGUCCCAAUUCUUGCAACAGGCGUUUAUCGAUGGUUUCCCAAGACUAUUGAACCUGCUGCACGAGUUCUUUUCUCGCGUGUCAGUCCAUAGCGCCAAUACCCCCUCUGAAGACGUGCAAAGUCCGGAGGUGGUACUGAUGCUCCGGGCAAUUUCGUCAUUUGAGAUUGCAUACCGGACCAAGACCGCCCAGAGAAGUAGCAGCCAACGAUAG